AUGGUCAAACUGUUUCUACGCGCGGCAGCCGCUGUUCUGUCGCUCAGCACAGUCGUGGCUACAAGUAUUUCUCUUUCUCCUGAGGAGAUAGCGCUGGAUGCAAGGGCUCAAUCCAUCGUCGAUAGUUUCACGGUGGAGCAAGUAGUCGGUCAAAUGACGCAGCUUGACAUCAGCACCGUCGUAGACAAAACGACUCAUGUCCUCAACGAAACCGCGUUGCGAGCAUUUGCGAAGCAGUACGUUGGCUCCUUCCUUAACACUAUUUGGGAAAAACCUAUAGAUGGCAAGUAUGGCUGGACUGUCACGGAAUGGCGUGACCUCAUCACUCGUAUCCAGAACAUUACUAUGAAAGAGAACUGUGGUCAUCCAAUGAUCUACGGUCUUGACUCGGUGCACGGUGCCAACUACGUCGAAGGAGCCGUGAUCUUUCCUCAACAGAUCAACAGUGCCGCGAGUUUCAACCCCGAUCUGGUCUACAAAACCGGACAAAUUACAGCUCAGGACACCCUAGCUGCUGGAAUUCCAUGGAUUUUUGCACCAAUUCUAGACAUCGCGCAAAAUCCGCUUUGGGCUCGUAACUACGAGACGUUUGGUGAGGAUCCCCACUUGACGUCGGUGAUGGGAGACGCUAUCGUGCGAGGGCUCCAAAGCAACAAUCAAACCGCUGCCUGCAUAAAACACUUCAUCGCAUACUCCAAAACCGCCACGGGCCAUGAUCGCCAAAACGUCGACAUAGGCGACUUUGAUCUUCUCAACUACUUCAUGCCUCCGUUCAAGGCAGCCAUAGAUGCUGGUGCCUUGUCAAUGAUGGAAAAUUACAUUUCAAUCAACGGUGAACCAGUGAUUGCAAACUCUCGCAUACUGAAGGACUUGCUUCGAAAUGACCUUAAAUUCACUGGUUUCCUCGUUUCCGACUGGGCCGAGAUCAAUAACCUGAAGGAUUUUCACCGCAUUGUCAACAACUACGAGGAUGCUGUGGCCUUGUCGUUAAAGCAGACAUCGCUCGACAUGAGCAUGGUGCCUAACGACUCGAAGUUCAUUGACUACGCGCUGAGCAUGCUGAAGAAGCACCCAGAACUUGAAAGCCGACUGCGCGAGUCUGCCAAGCGUAUUGUAAAGACAAAGCUGAAGCUGGGUCUUUACAAAAAUCCUGUUCCCGGUAUGGAUCUCGUCUCGAUGGUGGGCAAUGACGAUAGCAAAACUGCUGCACUGAACAUGGCUCGCGAAUCUAUCGUACUCCUACAGAAUAAUGACAGUGUUCUCCCGCUGCCCAAAGAUGCUUCCGUCUUCCUUACUGGCCACUCUGCUGACGAUGUUGGUAAUCAAUGCGGUGGAUGGACGAAGUUUUGGCAAGGAUUGUCGGGUAACGAUAUGUUUGCAAACGGGAUCAGCGUUCACCAGGGUUUUGAAAAAUUGGUUGGCAACGGCUCCUACACUUACCAUAACGAAUUGUUCGCAAACGGCUCGCUGUCGGACGCAGCUCUAAAUAAAGCCGUAGAGCUUGCCAAAAAGCAUAAGUACACGGUUGUUGUUAUCGGUGAAUCACCUUACACUGAAAAGCCGGGAGACAUUAAUGACUUGGCGCUGCCUGAAGGCCAGAUAAACUACGUCAGGGCUCUGAGUCAAACCGGCACGAUAGUGAUCACUGUUUUGUUCCAAGGCCGUCCGCGUCUGCUUGGCUCGAUCCCUGUCGACUCAAUGGCCGUCAUUAACGGCAUGCUUCCCGGUGAGCUCGGCGGCCAAGCGAUGGCUGAGAUUAUCUUCGGUGAUGUAAACCCGAGCGGCAGAUUGCCAAUCACGUACCCGAAGGACCCUGCAAACGUUGCCAUCCCAUACAACCGCCGCACGUCAACUCGCUGUCCCGAUGGUCCCUGCCAGAUGCAAUGGAAUUUUGGGUCGGGUCUCAGCUACACGCAGUUCAAUUACUCCAAUGUAACCUUCGAUACCACCAAUAUUACCAAUGCGGCCGGCACAGUCACUCCAACGGUGACCGUCACGAAUGUGGGUACUCGUGCUGGCAAAGAGACAGUCAUGCUGUUUGUAAACCAACCGUAUCGCUUACUCUCGGUGCCAGAAGCGAAGCAAUUGAAGAAAUUCAAGAAGAUUGAGCUGCAGGCCGGUGAGUCUAUGAAGGUUUCAUUCACGCUGACAGUUGAUGAUUUGAGCGUGUACGUCCCACAGAUUGGCAAGGGUCUGCUGCGAGCGUUUGAGAACACCAGGUAUGCUGUAGCCAUCAAGCCAGAAACGGUCUGCUAUGUCUACGACAGCGAACCGUUGGGCGGGUUGUGCGGCGAAUUCAACGUCGACACCGGCGGUGGUCCAGCUACCAUCAACUACGCGCAGCUUCCUUAA